CCGUAGAGCCCAAACGCGGAGGGGAGAAAGGGGACGGGACGGGAGCCUCGCAGGCGGGCUGUGCCGGCGGUUUGAGUUUCCUCUGCCAACAACAAGCUAUUAAAGACAUGGGACUCCGGGCUGGCUUGGCUAGCAGAGGGGAGCCAGUGUGCAGAGGGGACUGACCGGCAAGGCAGAGGAGCGGAAACUUUCAGGGAUUUUGAAAGAAGGCGGCGGCGACGACGCGCCACUCUUCCAGGGUCACUAUGGAAACCAUCCAAAUGCAAGUACCUUUGGUCUUCCUUGUACUUCCACUAUUUGUAUUUGGGGCUCCCGCUGAUGCGUCUGGUCCCCAAGAAGUCACCAUCACCUCGAGCACUUGCAAACGUUGCUGUGAUUCCUUGGAUGCACCUGGCUCCUCUGAGGCCAUUCCCGGCAGAAACAGUCCCCACUCCUUGCCAUAUAUUAUUCCAGAGGUGCGUCCAUAUAUCAACAUUACCAUUCUGAAGGGAGAUAAAGGAGAUCAAGGAGAACCUGGGAUUCCUGGGAAAUGGGGCAAAGAGGGGCCCCCGGGUGAACGGGGAGCCCCGGGCCCGAAGGGCAGCAAGGGGCAGAUGGGUACCCCCGGAGAUCCUUGCAAGCACCAGUACGCGGCUUUCUCGGUCGGCCGCAAGAAGGCGCUCCACAGCAGUGAAGGCUACCAGGCCUUGAUCUUCGACACGGUCUUCGUGAACCUCUACAGCCACUUUGACAUGUUCAAGGGCAAGUUCUACUGCUACGUGGCUGGCCUGUACUUCUUCAGCCUGAACGUCCACACCUGGAACUUCAAGGAGACCUACAUGCAUGUCAUGCGGAAUGACCAGGAGGAGGUCAUCCUCUACGCCCAGCCCAGCGACCGCAGCAUCAUGCAGAGCCAAAGCCUGAUGCUGGAGCUGCGGGAGAACGAUGAGGUCUGGGUGCGCCUCUACAAGCGAGAGCGCGACAACGCCAUCUACAGUGACAACGUGGACAUCUACAUCACCUUCAGCGGCUACCUGAUCAAGCCCAGCCUUGAGUAGCUGCUUGCCUCUCCAGCACCUCCGCUGCCCUCCUAAGCAUUACUGUAACACUGCCUGUAAGCUGCUGCAAAUCAUACACAGAAGGACUGGAAGCAUCCAAAGAAUGCAGGGCCAUUCGAGAAGACCAUUUCACUAGAGAAUCAAGAUGGAAGAAGGGGAAUGUUUUGCUGACCAAUUCAUAAGCCUGCUUGUUUUCAGACAAGAUCGUGAGGUUAGAGCUGGGCUUUCUAGGUUAUCUGAAAUCUUCACACCUGCUACCCCAGACAUUUCCCUCAUGGGAAUAUUGGUGCAUGGACUUGGAAAGUGGUCUUCCUUACUGGAAUGCCCUAAGUGCUCCUGUUGUACAUGAAGGACACAGAUGAAUUGAGAAGUCUCAAGUGAGUGACAUCUUCAUAUAAAUUCCAAGCUAAACACACCCCGGCAGCCACUAUUUUUGCACAAUGAGUUCCCCUGGUGCAAUGGGACCUUCCUCCCUCUUCUCCAAAAUCUGGUUGGGAGGGUCAGGAGAACCCCCAAUGUAGCUCAUGCAGAGAGGGGAGGCAAUUCUGCCUGGCAAGCAGAAAUGCUUUCUCUGAUGAAGCAAUUGCCAUAGCUCGACUCUGAAUCCACCCAUUGUGUGCAUGCCAUGCUUGACUCUGAACAGGUUUUGUAGGCUGAAAUUUAGAUCUCUUCAGUAGGCUGUGCACACAAAGGUCAGAAUCCAGCCCACAAAUUGUGCAUGAGAUCAAUGGGGCUUACAUUACUGUGAACUGGAUCGUAGCCUGUGAUUUUAGAGCUUGUCAGCUGAACAGUCAUGGUUUAAAAUAGGUGUGCAAAAGAGACAGGGAAGUGUAAAGAAAGGAAUGGUGCAACUACAUUUUUUGUAAACUUCUGUUUGCCAUUGCCAUGCAAGGACAUUUGCACAUACGGGGAAUAUGGGCCUAGACUGGUUUAACUUUCAUGGUGCCUUAGGUGUUGAAAAAUAAGUCAGCUCAGGCUGGGGCAAACAUCAAAGGAAAGAAGGCUUUUAGAGGGAACAUUUUUUCUAGUUCUCAUAAGUGAGACCUGCACCGAUGUACAGGCAAUGAUCAUUUUGCGUAGGGGUUGCUUUCAUGACUCCCCCCCCCCGACAUUGGUAGAGCCCACUCCACCCCAUUAUAUCCCCACCCCCUUUUCCAGCCAUUUCCAGCUUGCAGUGAUGCGCAUGUGCACAAUCAUGCAUGCUUUAAAGCGCCGUUGCCUCUACUACACUGUAGAGUGCUUCUGUUCAAUAUUCCAAUUAGCCAGUCCUACCCACCUUGAAGAUACUCCAUUCCAUGCCCUUAUUUCCUGCUUUUCCACCCCCCCUUCCAUCAGUUAGUCAGUAUUCUGUGCCCAUUGAGCAUGCCCAGUCCUUAGGAUUUUUUCCUUUAAAAAAUGCAUACCUGUGCAAACCUUGGGUCCCGGUCCCACCCCCCAGCUCUCUGCAGCUAUCACUUUUUUGAGUAUUGAGGUUGCUCUUUGCUAUACACCAUGAUCCAAACAAAGAUAAUGAAUUCACUAUUAAUAAUAUAUAGCACAUUAAUCCUGGGUUGCUUU